CCAGUGCCCCCCCUGCCAUGAGCAGGGACAUCUUCAGCAGCUCAGGGUGCUCAGAGCCCCGUCCAGCCUGGCCUGGGAUGUCUCCAGUGAUGGUUCAUCCACCACCUCUCUGGCCAACCUGGGCCAGGCUCUCACCACCCUCAGGGCAACAAUUCCUUCCUCACGUCCAGCCUGAAUCUCCCUCCUUUAGUUUAAAACCAUCACCCCUUGUCCUGUCACAACAGGCCCUGCUCAAAAGUCUGUCCCCAUCUUUCUUAUGGGCCCCUUUUAAGCACAGAAAGGCUGCACUAAGGUCUCCCUGGAGCUUCUCUUCUCCAGCUGAACACCCCAACUCUCUCAACCUGUUUGCCUUGUGCUUAAACUCUUCCCCAGACACUUGCUGGUGGCCGGGCUGUCGGGUCAGACCAGCUCCUCGCAGCCCUCCCGGGUUCGUGCAAGCUGAGCUGAGCUGGGCUGGGCUGAGCUGAGCUGGGCUGGGCUGUGCCGUGCUGAGCUUUGCUCCCGCAGAGCGAGCCCCUCCGUCCCGACCAGGGAGCCCGGGGGCAUCGCCGGAGCCGGACACCGUGUGGCCAGCACCGGGGUUGUGAAGCCAGGAUUCCGCAAACCCCCCCGCUCCCGCUCCCCGGGGAUCUGCGGCAGCACAGCCCGGGCACCCCCGAGGCUGCGGCGGGUGGAGCGCGGCUCGAUGGUUCCCUCUGCUGGGAGCGGCGGGACGAGGAUGGGGAACCAGGGUCCUGGUCCCUGUGUGCAGGGUGGGAGAGAAAUGAGGUGAAAUCGGUCCCCUCCCCAAGAACUUGUGAGAUCUACAUAACACCGGCUCACCCACGGGGGCAGACACCCAAGUGAGGUGUGGGACAGGGAUAAUUUCGGGUUUUCCAAUAUAAAAUUGAUUUUCAGGCAUUAGAAAGCAUUAGUGCACCUAUGACACAUAGAUGUCAAGUGGGCCACUGAGGCUUGAGGACCUUAUUUAAUUAAACCCACAAAUACUUACACUAGAGUCGGUCUGAGCCAGGGGUUGUGUGCUGCAAUAUCCCUGCUGGGGCCGGGCAGCCAUCAGGUCUGCACGAGCCAACAGGUGGUGACAACAACUCUUUGCAAAUAUCCCAGUUUGGGGGGCUUGAAAAUCUAAUCUUGAAAUGUUGAUUCCCAAGGUGUCAGGUCGUAAUUUUCCUGAGAAAAAAAAGAAGAAAGAAAGGAAGAAAAAAAAUAAAAAAUAUAAAAUAUCUGGCUGAAACAUAAAAUAUCUGGCAAAGGGCAGCCUGCCUGGUUUUAUUUCAGCAACUAUAUCUAGCUUUAGUGCUUAAUUUCAGGUACCUAAGUUUUACUUUCUUCAUACUUUUAUUGGUUUCCAUCCCCCCACAACCUCUUUCUGCUCACUCGCUUGUUGACCAUUCCCACUCCUUGUUAAUAUUGGAUUUUUCUUUUUAUAUCCCCGAAGAGCGUCCUGGCGGAGCAGAAGCCGAGGCUGAGCGUUCAGACCAGGAACGGCGAUGAAAGGCUGCUGCAGGGCACUGGCACAUCCGCUGUGUUAGUCACCCCGGUGCCCGCAGCAGCGUUUGAGCACCCGUAGAGCGAUCGCAGCACGACCCGUGUCACCCCGGUGGGGUUGGCUGCAGGAGGUUCAUGGAUCAUCCUUCGGUAUUGAUGCAAUGCAGCCACCAGUAAAUGCCCUUGUUGCGCUGGAUGCUGUGAGAACGUCUCCUGCCUCGCAGGGAUCCUUCUCUGCCGUCAUGCAAAACGUGGUGUGAAUGAGCGAGAGGUGAGGGAAAGGAGCCCAGGGUAAUUCAGAUAUCAUCCCACCAUGGCAGCUAUCAAUCAAACCAGCUCACAGCCUCCCUCCUUCCUUCUGCUGGGCAUGGUGGGCCUGGAGGACCUGCACUCCUGGAUCUCCAUCCCCUUCUGCCUGAUGUACAUCACGGCGCUCCUUGGCAACUUCACCCUCUUGUUUGUCAUCGUGGCGGAGCGAAGCCUCCACACGCCCAUGUACCUGUUCCUGGCCAUGUUAGCGGUGGCAGAUCUCGUGUUAUCCUCCUCCACAGUGCCCAAAGCCCUGAGCAUAUUCUGGUCCCUUUCCAAGGAGAUGACUUUCCACGCCUGCUUGACCCAGAUGUUCUUCACACACUUGAGCUUCAUUGCAGAGUCGACCAUUCUGCUGGCCAUGGCGAUUGACCGGUACGUGGCCAUCUGCAACCCGCUGCGGUAUGCCACGGUGUUCACGCACUCGGUGGUAGCCAGGAUAGGGUUGGCUGCAAUAGCCAGGAGCUUCUGCGUGAUGUUCCCAACAAUAUUCCUCCUCCGGAGGCUGCCGUUCUGCGGACACAGCGUCAUGCCGCACACCUACUGCGAGCACAUGGGCAUCGCCCGCCUGGCCUGUGCCGACAUCUCCGUUAACAUCUGGUACGGCUUUGCCACCACCCUCCUGUCCCCAGGUGUGGACAUUGUGCUCAUUGGGGUAUCGUAUGUCCUCAUCCUCCGGGCUGUCUUCAGGCUCUCGUCCAAGGCUGCCCAGCUGAAGGCAGUUGGCACCUGCAGCUCUCAUGUCUGCGUUAUAUUAAUAUUCUACACACCAGCAUUUUUCUCAUUUUUCACUCAUCGGUUUGGCCACAAAGUCCCCCACCACGUUCACAUCCUGUUGGCCAAUCUCUAUGUGAUCCUGCCACCCAUGCUAAACCCCAUCGUCUACACUAUGAAAAACAAACUCAUCCGAGAAAAGGUGUCCCAAGUGCUCCUCAGGACUAGGCAAGUGUGGUAACAGGAAUGCUGUUCCUUUGAAAGGAAAGCACAGAGAGAUCACAGAAUCCCAGGAUGUCAGGGGUUGAAGGGCCCUGGAAAGCUCAUCCAGUGCAAUCCCCCCAUGGAGCAGGAACACCCAGAUGAGGUUACACAGGAAGGUGUCCAGGCGGGUUGGAAUGUCUGCACAGAAGGAGACUCCACAACCCCCCUGGGCAGCCUGUUCCAGUGCUCUGUCACCCUCACUGAGAAGAAGUUUCUUCUCAAAUUUAAGUGGAACCUCCUUUGUUCCAGUUUGUACCCAUUACCCCAUUACCCCUUGCCCUGUCAUUGGUUGUCACCCAGAAGAGCCUGGCUCCAUCCUCCUGACACUCACCCUUUCUAUAUGUGUAAACGUUAAUGAGGUCACCCCUCAGUUUCCUCUUCUCCAAGCUCCAGAGCCCCAGCUCCCUCAGCCUUUCCUCACACGGGAGAUGCUCCACUCCCUUCAGCAUCUUGGUGGCUGCGCUGGACUCUCUGCAGCAGUUCCCUGUCCUGCUGGAACUGAGGGGCCACAGCUGGACACAAUAUUCCAGGUGUGGUCUCCCCAGGGCAGAGCAGAGGGGCAGGAGAACCUCUCUGACCUACUGACCACCCCCUUCUAACCCACCCCAGGUACCAUUGGCUUCCUGGCCACAAGGGCCCAGUGCUGGCUCAUGCUCAUCCUGCUGUCCCCAGGACCCCCAGGUCCCUUUCCCCUACACUGUUCUCUAGUAGGUCAUUCCCCAACUUAUGCUGGAUGGUCCAAGAAACUCCCCAGUUGCCACUAGCAGGGUAAUGAGAAAUCUCAUGGUUCUAGGACAAGCAGGAUUGGUCACAUAAGGCAGGGCUAUGUGAUGAGCAGGGAUAGAUCACUGCAGGGAACUUGGGGUGAUACAACAACUGCUUGAAAUUCAUAGACCCAUGAGGAUCAGCAAGAGACCUCUGUGUGUC